GUCCCGCCGCUUGCACUCAGGAAGAAAAUUCCGAGGUUGCUAGCCGCAGACUGGGCUGGAUGGGAGGUUGAGAGCCCGCUUACGCCCACCCCGACCGCCUACCACUGAUGUUUCCGGAUGCGCCAGCGUCCAGCGCCUGCCCUUUCGCCAUUUCCCCUGUCGCCCCGGAGGCCGCGGCCGCGGCUCUAAUUCUCGUCAGAACCCCGCUGCGCAUUUCAGGGACGUGCGGGAAAAACUGGCUCGGCUGUGGGACGCGAGGGCGUGCGCAGCGCAGGGAGGCGAGACUGGCGGGCCUGUCCUGGGCGCCCGCGGUCGCUGGGACUCAUCUUCGGGCGCUUCUCCGGGAAAUCGUUUGGGUAAGGUUCGAUGGUCCAUCACUGAAUGAUUAAAAGUUGUCACCUCAGGGGAGAAAAGGGGAAGGGGAGGACUGGCUUUUGGAGGUGGGCUAGAAACUACAGAAUCGAGCUUCUUGGGAACAGCCUCUUAGUCUGACGGGAAGUGGAGCGUCACCGAAAGGGAGGGGCAAGCACCCGGGGCUGUCCCCUGCUUCAGGCUCCGUCUGCGGGCAGUGUUUGCCCAGGUUAUCAGUUCAGCGAAUCAUGUUGGGUGGAUGCACUCUGAUGGCUUAGAAAAAACAAAAAACGAACAAGGGAGACGCCCCUCCCGUUUUAUGAUAACCAAGCUGCAAGUAAAUAAAUCGUCUGAUCCCACUGCAGUCUUCUGCACUCAAGUGCCAAGAGAGCCUGUACCUGUCAAUUACUGAAGCCGUAAGGAAAAUUUUUUAAACAAUUAAAACUUUACCAUAAUGAGGUGUUGCCACAUCGGCAAACUCCCUGGAAGAGUGAUGGGGAUUCGCGUGCUCCGUUUCUCAUUGGUGGUGAUCCUCGUGUUACUGCUGGUAGCGGGGGCUCUGACCACUUUGCUUCCUAACAUCAAAGAAGACAAGAUGCUCGCUUUGCGCAGGGAAAUCAAAUCCCAGGGCAAGUCCACCCUGGACUCCUUUACUCUCAUAAUGCAGACAUACAACAGAACAGACCUCUUAUUUAGACUUUUAAAUCAUUAUCAGGCGAUACCAUAUCUGCACAAAGUGAUUGUAGUGUGGAACAAUGUUGGGGAGAAGGGCCCAGAUGAGUUGUGGAAUUCCCUAGGGCCUCACCCGGUCCCGGUGAUCUUCAAAUUACAGACAACAAACAGGGUGAGAAAUCGACUCCAGGUCUUCCCUGAACUGGAAACCAAUGCGGUGUUAAUGAUAGAUGACGACAUGCUAAUUAGCGCCCAAGACCUCGUUUUUGCUUUCUCCGUUUGGCAGCAAUUUCCUGAUCAGAUUGUAGGAUUUGUUCCUAGAAAGCAUGUCUCUUCCUCCUCAGGUGUCUACAGUUAUGGAGGUUUUGAACUGCAAACACCAGGCUCUGGAACUGGUGACCACUACUCUCUGGUGCUCAUUGGAGCCUCAUUCUUCAGCAGCAAAUACCUUGAGCUCUUUCAGAGACAGCCUGCAGUCAUCCAUGCUUUGAUAGACGAAAUGCAAAACUGUGAUGAUAUUGCCAUGAAUUUCAUCAUUGCCAAGCACAAUGGGAAGCCUUCAGGGGUAUUUGUGAAGCCUGUAAACAUGGGCAGUUUAGAAAAAGAAACCAACGGUGGCUAUUCCGGAAUGUGGCACCGAGCUGAGCACUUCCUGCAGAGGUCUUACUGCAUCAAUAAGCUUGCUGCUAUCUAUGACGGCAUGCCCUUAAAGUACUCCAAUAUUAUGAUUUCUCAGUUUGGUUUCCCGUACGCCAACCACAAGAGUAAAAUGUGAAAGCAAAACAAACAAAAGCGAACCUCAGAACUGCUUAGUAUUUGAGUAGCUUCUUCGUGCUAUGGUCGGUUUUUUGUUUUCUGGUGUUUUAAAGCAACAUCACGAACUUUUUUUUCCACCCUAGAAGUCUCUACAAAGGGAAAAAAAAUGCAUAGUGCUUCUAGGAUGUAAAAUUCAUGUGAACGUCAAAAACCACGAAGCUGGUAUUAUCCAGACAGAUCUUCUUGUGAGGAGUUCUCGUCCACGGAUAUAAUCCCUUUGUUGGCAAUUUUAUUGUCUAUGUUCUGAGACCGGUCUACAAUUUUUUGACUCCUGGCACUUACCUCAAGCUGUUUCCAUGAUCAGAAACUCCAGAGAAUCAUUUCUCAGCUUUUUCACUAAAGGAUGGUUGUUUUCAUUUGAAGCCUCUUUAGCAAAAGCCUGCGGUGUCGGCAAAAACCGUGUGAAGAGAGAAUAGUCUCAAUCCCAUAUAAAAGCAAAUGGGAAAUUUGUGUCAACGAGUCGUCAUUGCUUCCCUUGCGGUCCUUCCAGCCAUCCUGUUCCAGGACUAACUCAUCUUGGCAUGGUUUUUAUGCAGCCAUCGGUGCUUUUAUUUCUGUUGAUAAGUCUGUUGUGACUGGGAGGGGUAAUUUUAGUAGCUGAAGGAUGUCUAGUUGUUUGCUUAACUUUUGUGAACAUUUACUGCAUGGAUCGCAAAAAAGUACAGCCUAUGUUUCUUAUAUGCAACAAGGAGUAAAUGUGUUACUAGAUUCAGGUCAUGCACUUUGUCACUGAAUCUGACUUUGAGAUUGUACAUUAAUUCUUGUAUUUUACACAAAAUAUGUAUUGUUUAAGAAACACAUAUAAAGUAACCUUUCUGAAAAAGUGGUUAAAUAGGGACUGGCAGAAAUUAAAACCCUUAGUAUCAAAGGAUCUUUAUUGUUACAAAGCAUAGGUUAUCUCGUGAAUACUAAAGGGUUGUGUGUAUUACACACAAAGUCAAUCUCUUGCAUUCAGAACUUCUCCCCUCAACCCCCCAAAAAGAUCCAAAGCUCAUGCUGAUAUUUCAGUCACUUACAUAGAUACUGGAAAAAAUAAGGGACCUGAGUCAUAGCAGAGGAAUUCCACAGGGAGUGUGCACCAGUUAAUGGUUAAGUUGCCCACUCUGUUAUAUGAAUUAGUAUCUGAUCCACACAGUGUCUGUGUUUCGUCCUUGUUCACUGCUGGUGGCAAGGAAUACUUAAUUAGGCCUCUGUCUGUCACCUUUCCCUCUUCCUAUUCCCCCUCCUGCUCCCACUAUGCCAUUAUAUUGUCACAGUAGCAAAGCGGUGAAAAUAUGAAAACAAUCAUGGUUAAUGUUCCAGCAAUGAGGUCUCUGUGCAGUUAGCUCGGGGUCUGUUGUUCCUUUACAUUGGUGUGUAUUACGUGUCUUACUGCAAUCAGAGAAAACCAGUAGAACUCAGAACCUCACUGAAAAUCUAUAGUGUUCAUUAUCUGCUUUGUCCAACCUGGGUAGUGAUUUUUUUUGCCUCUUGAGAGUCUGCUGACAGAUAAAUAAAAUAAAUGUUUACCAUCCA